AUGACCCGACUGACCGGUCCCGGUGGCAGUCACAUCGACCGACAUCGUUCCAGUUCGGGUUCGACACCGACAACAGUGGGAAUAGUCACCUCUUCCCUCCACCCGAAGCGCGCAGUUUCUCUGGCUUCUCCGCUGACCCUACCCGCCACAUCACCUCAGCCGUCAUUUGUCGCCCCAUCAGCUACUUCAAAGAACCUUCAGGAGGUCGAGAAGGACACCUUUACACGGGAGGUGGCAUUCCACUUAAACUGGUUUCUGGAAAUGUUACCCUCAGUCCUUCAACAGCAAUUUGCCUACGAACGCCCUGAAGUCGUCGACGGAAAUCAGUUGAGUCACAGUAGGUUCUUUCUGGUCUUUCUCGCACAGGUGCCGGCUUCAUCGUCACCGUCGUGUUUGGAGACCUCCCCUGCUGCAGAUCGGGCCUACCUUGAUGAUCAACUGUUUGGUCUGACUGAGGACACGGAGUUGGUGCACUGGGUACGGUCACAUCCCCAGGAUUGGGAGGUGAGUAAGGAUUUUUUUCAUACUCCAGUUGUCUGGCUGGUAUAG